GCUGUUUGUCUGUCGAAGAAACACGGACGCUCAGGCGGAGUUUAGCGACACACACUCAACUAAACAGCUCAACAGUUUAAACCCCAGCGUGCUGGGCCAAAUCUUCAGCUUUCUCCGACGACAUCACGGACCCCGCUGCAGCUUGUUUAUGGGUGUUUCGGAGGUGUUUGAACUUCCCUCACUUUUUCCCCAACGGAUUUUCACGGAGGGAGGCGGCGGCGGAGCGCUCGGCAGCCAUCUUUGGACCUGCCUGGGAGUGGGAUCUACUGACUCCUCUGGCACCCCACUUACUUCAAGGGUGGGGAUUUUAACAUACAGUAAUUCACAAAUGUGCGCGUUAUAACCGACUGACAGCGUGAAAAACCACGAGAAUUUGGCGUACGAAACCGCCUCGCCGGGCAUGAAACGGGAGCAGCACUUUUAUAAUCCCAAAGUGUUUUGAAUUAGGCGAUAUUCUCCACAGCGCUGAAAGCCUGGCCUGUCAGAAGACGCUCUGAACACAUAUGAAACCACUGUCCUGCAGAUGAGCCAUCGGUGGGGGCUACCACGUCGCUGUCGCAGACCCAGAUAGUUCCUGGCGACAGCGGCAUUGCCCCCAACUCCCCAUUAUGCCCAACAGUGGUCGGGCGGGGAGCCUGAAGGACCCCGAAAUUGCUGAGCUCUUCUUCAAGGAGGACCCAGAAAAGCUCUUCACGGAUCUGCGGGAAAUUGGACAUGGCAGCUUUGGUGCAGUAUAUUUUGCACGGGAUGUGCGGACAAAUGAGGUGGUGGCCAUCAAGAAGAUGUCUUAUAGUGGGAAGCAGUCCACUGAGAAAUGGCAAGACAUAAUCAAGGAGGUGAAAUUCCUGCAGAGAAUACAACAUCCAAACAGCAUAGAGUACAAAGGAUGUUACUUACGAGAGCACACUGCUUGGCUGGUAAUGGAGUAUUGCCUAGGCUCUGCUUCAGACUUGCUAGAAGUUCACAAGAAACCUCUGCAAGAAGUUGAAAUAGCUGCAAUUACCCAUGGUGCUCUUCAAGGGCUGGCUUAUCUUCACUCCCACAACAUGAUUCACCGAGAUAUCAAGGCAGGAAACAUCUUACUGACGGAGCCAGGGCAGGUAAAACUAGCAGAUUUUGGCUCUGCCUCCAUUGCCUGUCCUGCAAACUCCUUUGUUGGGACUCCAUAUUGGAUGGCCCCAGAAGUAAUUUUAGCUAUGGAUGAGGGUCAGUAUGAUGGAAAGGUGGACAUUUGGUCUUUGGGAAUAACCUGCAUUGAAUUAGCUGAGAGGAAGCCUCCACUGUUCAACAUGAAUGCAAUGAGUGCCUUAUACCAUAUAGCACAGAAUGAGAGCCCCGCACUGCAGCCUAGUGAAUGGACGGAUUACUUCCGAAACUUUGUAGAUUCUUGCCUUCAGAAAUUUCCCCAGGAUAGGCCAAACUCUGAAGAACUCUUAAAGCAUGCGUUUGUCCAGCGUGAGAGACCAGAAUCAGUCCUAAUAGACCUGAUAAAUCGAACUAAAGAUGCCGUGCGGGAGCUAGACAAUCUGCAGUAUCGUAAAAUGAAGAAGAUCUUGUUUCAGGAAGCCCACAAUGGCCCCACAACUGAGGCGCAAGACGAGGAAGAGGAGCCAGAACACAGUGUGGGUAGGACGGGUACAGUGAACAGCGUAGGGAGCAACCAAUCCAUCCCCAGUAUGUCAAUCAGUGCCAGUUCCCAGAGCAGCUCUGUCAAUAGUCUAACAGAUGCAGGCGAUGACAAGAGUGAGGUGGACAUCGAGGGAGACCACACAGUGAUGUCCAACAGCUCUGUCAUAAAUCUCAAACCUGAGGAAGAGACACGCAAUGAAGAGUCAGAGCCUCACAACCGGCCAACUGAGCCACAGUCCCCUCCUGCACACACUCCACGGCCAAAACGAAACCGCGAACACUUUGCUACUAUACGCACAGCUUCAGUGCUCACUCGCCAGAUUAAGGAGCAUGAGCAAGAUUCUGAAUUAAGGGAACAGAUAUUAGGCUACAAGCGCAUGAGGCGGCAGCAUCAGAAACAACUGAUGGCUCUGGAGAACAAGCUGAAAGCUGAAAUGGAUGAGCACAGACUCCGUCUGGACAAGGAGCUAGAGAACCAGAGGAAUAGUUUUGCCCAGGAGAUGGAGAAACUGGUCAAGAAACAUCAAGCAUCUAUGGAGAAAGAUGCAAAAACCUUUACCAACGAUGAAAAGAAGUUCCAACAGCAUAUCCAGAGUCAACAGAAGAAAGAGCUGAACAGUUUCGUGGAAUCCCAGAAACGGGAAUACAAACUUCGCAAGGAGCAACUGAAAGAGGAAUUGAAUGAAAACCAGUCAACACCCAAGAAAGAAAAGCAGGAGUGGUUAUCCAAGCAGAAGGAGAACUUCCAACACUUCCAAGCAGAGGAGGAGGCCAACUUACAGCGCAGACAGAGGCAGUACCUGGAGCUGGAGUGUCGCAGAUUCAAACGGAGGAUCUUGAUUGCUCGCCACAACAUUGAGCAGGACUUAGUCCGAGAGGAGCUAAACAAGCGUCAGACCCAGAAGGAUUUGGAGCAUGCCAUGCUUCUCCGGCACCAUGAGUCCAUGCAAGAGCUGGAGUUCCGCCAGCUCAACACCAUCCAAAAGACGAGGGCUGAGCUGAUCCGCCUACAGCACCAGACGGAGCUCACCAAUCAGCAGGAGUACAACAAGAGGAGGGAGCGGGAACUUAGACGCAAGCACGUCAUGGAGGUCCGCCAGCAACCCAAGAGCCUCAAGUCCAAAGAGCUACAGAUCAAGAAGCAGUUCCAGGACACAUGUAAGAUCCAGACCAGACAGUAUAAAGCACUGAGGAACCAUCUGCUGGAGACUACACCAAAGUCAGAGCACAAAGCUGUCCUUAAACGGCUGAAGCAGGAGCAACACCGCAAACUUGCCAUCUUGGCAGAGCAGUAUGACCACUCCAUCAAUGAAAUGCUUUCUACUCAGGCGCUUCGUCUGGAUGAGACUCAGGAGGCUCAAUGCCAAGGCCUACGAAUGCAGCUACAGCAGGAGCUGGAACUUCUCAAUGCCUACCAGAGCAAGAUCAAGAUGCAGACGGAUGCCCAGCAUGACCGUGAGAGGAAGGACCUGGAGCAGAGGGUGUCACUCCGAAGGGCCCUGCUAGAACAAAAGAUUGAGGAGGAGAUGCUGUCCUUGCAGAAUGAACGUUUGGAGCGAAUCCGGAGCCUGCUGGAACGCCAAGCCAGAGAAGUUGAGGCUUUUGACUCGGAGAGUAUGCGCCUAGGCUUCAGCAACAUGGUGCUAUCAAACAUCUCCCCUGAGGCUCUUAGCAAUAGCUUUCCCGGUGCUCCAGGAAGUUGGAGUCACCAUCAGCAACAGCACCCAUCUGGGAGCUCUCAUGGGCCACACUGGGGCAGCGGCAGUUUGGGUGCAGGGUCAAGCCACCAAGGCAGCCAUCACCACUAUCACUCCAGUCCAGGAGGGGCACCUAUGCAGCAAGGCUGGGGGCAGGGCAUGCAGGGAGCAGGGGGUCCACGGCCGUGGGGCCACCCAUCGUCUGGGUCCCUGGUCUCUCGCAAUAGUGGAGGUAUCCAGAACAGCCCCCAAGCAAUGGGGAGGACAUCCUCAGGAGGGCACAGCGAGCAGGGCAUGAGUAGGAGCACUAGUGUCACCUCUCAGAUAUCUAACGGGUCACACCUCUCCUACACAUAGAUCCACCAUUAACCCUGGCUUUAGUUUGAGUGUGGAGAUGUAGAAUCCAACAAACAGCAGGACAGAGUAUUGGCUGAGCUCUGCUGCUCUGUCUCUCUCUGUGACACUACCCUACCAUUUCUCCCAUGUACAGAUGUGGAUGUGUGAUGAAAUAAAUGUUGCUCAGGUCAAAAGGGCUGGAAAAUGGCACAGCCUGUCCUCACGGCAGUUUAUCAGCACACAUACAAAUCCUUAAAUUUAUUUUACAUAAGCAACUUGAGUGUCAACAUGUUACUCCCCUUUGUUUUUAUUUACAGCUCUCUCCCACGGAGGAAUUAUACGUUUGUGCUAUUCACAGCCAUUGCUCCCAUUUUGCACAUGAAGCACUGUUAAAAUGCCUCUGACACGUGUUAACUCUGUCCUUAGAAAUGUGGUAUCAAUCACAGUAAACCAGUUUAAUUCAGGACACCACCCCUCCUUCAUUAUCCCUAUUCAUUUUCACUAAUACACUGGCCAAUUCUCUGAUGGUGGUUAAAAUCGCAGCAGACAUAGCUGAAGGUGCUUUGCUGAUGUGACAAAGCCUGCUGUAAUGGUCAUUCUGAUAAAUUAGAUGCCUCCUUUUAUUCAGUAGUUGUAUUUCAUGUAUGAUGUAGUGGUCAUCAACCAAAAUGACACUUUUCAAAUUCAGAGCCAAAUAAACUAAUCUAUAGCUAGCUAAUCUAGCUUUUUAGGCGUAUGCUACAACACUACAACAGUGCCUUUAAUACUAUGACAAUUGAAAUCGGUCUUGGAUGUUUAUAGUUGAAUAUUUUAAAUUUCAGCAUUUUCUGAUCAGCGCUAGUGUAUGUUUUAGUUCAACCUCUUUUAACACGUGAUUUUAGUUCCAGACUUCUCAUAUUUUUUUGCAGAUUAUUAUAUUUACAGUGUAUACAGUAAAGUUGGUUUGAGUCUUAUAAAUAUUGAGAAAUAGAACAUUACUUGUGCAUAUUAGUAGCGAUAUUUUUGUUUUUAGGUGGUACUCAAGGGGUAAACUUGGAAACCCUUGUAUUACAGAGAAUGUCACUGUAUUUGUUCACAGGAGGAAUUGUGAGACUCAUUGGCCUUCAAAAACAAUCCUAGUAUUGAUCUGUUUAUUUUUAUUAGUGCCUUUUCAAACUGCUGCCUUUUUCAAAGCACUUUAUACAGCUAAAUGUGUGUAAAAUUUAUAUUUGACUUCUUUUUGCAAAGCACCUGGUGGAUGAAUGUUUCAUCGGUACGUAUGUAGUUAAGUUCAGGAGUCAAACUCACUUGUGCUGUGAUACAUUUUUUUUUUAGGAGCAUUUUCCCAAGUUACAGACAUGGCCUCGGGUAUGACGGUCUACUAUAUGUGAGUGAAAGCAUUAUCCCCCAUUUUGCAGCUGUUACCGCAUUUUCAAACCGUAGCUGUUGGUUAUCUCCUGGGUGUGUUCAUGCUGAAUAUUGCUUGAAUAGAGUAUGUGAGGGUUUUUUUUAAGAAAUGUUUUAGCCACAUUUUUUAUGUUACAAACUAAACUGAGUAAGCUGAAGAGAGUCUAUUAUGUGCAGGCAGGUAGCUUAAGGUACUUGUCAUGACCAUGACAGCAGGCUUGGUGCUACUAAACUAAAAACACUAUUGAACCAUGUCGGCACCCAAAUUAGCACCAUUCAAAAUAAGGUGCUACGGUAUAAAUGUUACAGCAUCUCAUUAAAACCCAAAAACAAGGCUGACAGAAUGAAGAUGACAUUGUUGCAUCGAAAUGUAAAACUGAUUCAACCCACACUCUUAAAAAAAAAACAAAAAAAAAACAACAGCCAAAUGGAGAAUAAAUGUGGCAAGAAGCACUUGGGUAUUCAGUUGAUAGCUCUAGCAGUUUGUCUCUGAAUAGUAUGUGUUUCUCCUUUCUCCCUGUCUCUCUGGUUUGUGGUUGAUAAUAUAUCCCUGGAGAAAUACAUGGCCUUUUAACCUUUUAACAGCAUCUCCAUUCAAGUGAGACUUGUCAUGCAGAAAAAAUUAAAUUUUUAGUUUAAAAGGUCUUUCAGGAUAAUUCUCCAGACAUUUAAAGAUGUUUGCUCCCUUGAAUCUCAAAGCGGAAGUUAAACAUUCAUCUGUUGUUUUUUUUUGUGAGAAAAUGUAAACACUAAACUCCCAUUUUAAGCAAAUAAUUUCUAAAAUUCACUUUAUUUAACCGACAGACCACACUGACAGGAGCAAACCUUUCACUCUCAAAGUUAGGGUGGUGAUGAGUUGUGUGGACAUUGGAAGAUAUUCUUGGUUUUGUGUACACAGACAAAAAUGCCUCAUUCACAUAUUUACUGUCAUCUCCUUUAAACGCCACAUAUGUAGUCAACCAGCCAUCUCUGAGCAUUACCACUGCACAUAUUUUUCCCCAUUCCACUCAUUCAGAGCCACUUUUUCAGAUGCUGGCUCUCUCUGAAUGAUGUUCUUUGAUAUAUUCCUGUCACGUUUGAGGACACAGAAAUGCUGGGAUCUUUAUUUUUUUCUUGGUGGGAUUUUAAUUUUCCAUAUGUGUAUAUCCUACCUGGAAAAUAAUGCAUUAUAUCAAGUUACAUAUGGUUUGGUCCCAAAACUUGUUUUUUUUUUUUAUGCCAACUGAUUGGUUCCAGCUACUGUAACACAGCAGGUUAUAGUCAUCAUUUCUUUUCUGAUUUAUUCAUAUUUGGUAAAGAAAAUGAGAAUGUACAUAUCAUUAUUAGAUUCUUACCAUAAUUCAAAGGCCAAGAGUUUGAAUGUUAGGCCAAUCAAACCUCACAUACAUGCCAACUUAAACUUUAUAUGAACACAUUUUGUUCACUUUUAUGUCGUGGGUUGUGUGUGUGAGGGACUCUGGAUAUUGUCGUCUGUCAUAAGACCUCUCCGCCAGCCUGGAUUUUAUUUUAUUUUUUAAUGAUUUUACUUUAACUUUGAUGUCAGAUUUUGUCCUACUGACUGAAAGCAUGUGGGAUACUGAACGAGAAUCGGCAACAGAAAAUAGCGAUCCAUUCUAUGGUCAAACACUGUGCCAUACCUGAGUUGCCAAGCCCAGACACCACUGCAUUUGUUUCAUCUCCAUGGUUUUUACCUAUCAAUGGGCAGACGACAUGAAAUGUAUGAAACAUAACAAGUUGGUUCUGGUCUAGUGGCCAAAGUAAAAAGGCUUGAAAAGAUGAUGGGGUGACAGGCAAAUUAUGAAAAGAUAUUGCAUUUCUUUGAAGAUGUCAGUAUUCUUUGGCACAUUACCACUACAACUCAUAAACCUAUAUUAAAAUGUAUAGAUGGUGGAACUUGUUAUUGAAUGUCAGAGAGAUUAUGAAGAUACUACAUAAGAGAUGGUAAAGUACUAAAAGUGAAUUUAAAUUGUGUAAAAAGAUUGAUAAAACAAAAAUAAAAAAUAGGAUCAAAUUUACUAUAUUGUUUGUAUUGUAUUUACCAUUGUGUUGGCAGAGGGAUAUUGAACAGAAAUCAGCUGUAAUAAAGUAAUUUUAGUAUAA